AUGACCAUGGAGAACAACCCGGACAGCACUCGCGUCCCCUACCGCGAGCAACGCGUGACCUACAGCAACAGCUCUGACGAGGUCCCCUUCAUGAGCCUCUCGCUGCGCCUCCACGGCCACACGUUUAGACUCUGCUUCAGCGCGGCGCGCUUCCACCAGUCCCCCGCCCGCCUCGCCGAGUUCCACGCCUUCCACGCCAGCCGCAGCAGCGGCAGCAGCAGCAGGCCCUGGAACGAAAUGUUCGACUGGGCCCUGGCACCGCUGCUGCCGCGGCUCGACGAGCUGGCGCCGCCGCCGGCGGCCGCCGUCGCCGCGCGCCCCACGCUGCAAGACUACGUCGCCGGGCCCGACUACCGCUGCCAGCUGGGCGCCGUCGACGACGUGCUCGUGGUGGAGAGCGUCGAGGCGCUGGACCACGUGCAAAAGUUCUGGCACCAUGCCGCCCCCAGCGAGCGUCAGCGGUCGCUGCUCCGCAAGGACCUCAUCCGCACCGUGGCCCCUGCCGACGUGGCCAUCCUCCCCGCCGGCGCGCCCGCCGCGCUCGACACGCCCUGCAGCCUCGUCUCCGUGGGCGGGCAGGAGUUUUGCUUCGACAGCCUGGACGAGGUGUGCGUCCCGCAGCUGAUGGCGGCGUACGAAAAGAUUGCCGUCGCCGGCUUGCCGCCGCAUGUCCACGUGCGAAGACUCGAGGCCGUCGUGUUUGACGAGCACGGCAACGUGCCGCUGGGGUCUCUCUAUUCCAACAGGUUCAAGGAGCUGCCGCUUGCUUACGAAAAGCACUGCCGGGACAGUGUGUCGCUCUCCACCAAGCGACGCUGGAUCAGCCAGCUCCGCGAGGCCGUGGCGGCGCUGCACGCCAUCGGCAUCGUAUGGGGCGCCGUGUCGGCGUUCAACGUUUAUAUUGACAAGGAAGAUGACCUCUGGAUUGGUGGUUUUGGUGGCGGGUGGUCUGAUGACUGGGUCGACGAGGACAAGGUCGACGAGCCAGAAGGCGAUCUACAAGCCCUCGAGGCGCUUGUCAACUGGAUCAUGGAGCCAAACGACGGCGGUGUUCCAAGCAAAUUGUAG